UUUAUCGUGGCUGUACAUCAUUUCGUUUAAGGUGAAACCACUGACAAUUAUUCAUUCAAUAAAAAAUGCCGCUUCUUCGGCACUUUACGUGUGAUACAUUCCGAUAGAUUUUACGAAAGGCUUAAGACAGAUGGCUUCAUCAUCCGGAUUCUGAAUGCGAGGCCAGUCGAAAUAGUAUUUUUUUUUUCUUGUUCUUUGAACUGCUAUAGCGGAUUAUGAUGUGGCCUGAUUUUUCCUAAAUUAUUUAAAAACUUUUCAAGGUGCAGAACCAAUAGGGAAAUACGUGAGGUGGGUAGGUGUCUAGGCGAAAUCGAACAGGUGGGGCAGAUCGUUUCGUUAAAAUGCACGUAUCCAGCGUUAGGCAGCGCCACUGUCACAAUCAGUCUUUACAGGCUUCGGGAGGCAAUUUUAAACGUUUUGUAACUAACUUUUUGCCAGAGCGUGAAUUUGAAUGGCUUUGUUAUUACAAAAAAUAUCUAUAAUAUUUAAAAUUAAUAAAAUAAUAAUGUUGAUCAACCUAUGAGCAAAUUCCUGAUAAGGUUGGCAAACUAGUUUGAUCAUAAAGAUAUGAAUUACUUUACUUUUCUUUGACGUUAUCAGACUGUAGAGAAUACCAGCCAUCUUUGGUUGAAUUUUAAACUUUUAUGGCAUAAAUAUGAUAAGAUGGAAUUCUGUUGCAUCAAGGUAAUAGCCUCCUCCUUUGCAGAAGAUAAAAGAAAGCUAAAUACAAUUAAAGAACAUUUAAUAUGAGCCAUGACUAGAGUUACUGCUUCACAACAGGAGCAAGGUAUUUCCAACCAGUAAUGAUAUUUCAUAUGUUUUCCUAUCACAAAAAGUAUUCUAAUCUGCACGAAAGGGAUUGAUCAUAAAAAUGAUUAAAAUUUAUAAGAUCACUGGGUAUAGAGUGAGACACAAUGUUAAUUAACUAACAGCACAGAAUGCAAUACAUGCUGGUGCUGCUAGAUAAAAUUAUUCAUUAGGAAAACAAAAUAGAAAUUUUUGCUGAUUUACCUAAUAAUUAUGCCAGAAAAAUUAGACAGAUCCACUUUAACAAUUGAUACAGCCAACCUUAAGUGAAUGUUUGAACAAAGUGUUUUGGCGGGAAACAAGAAAUACCACAGUGCACGAUAUGAAUACCAAAUUGUGGAACGUGACGUGAUUCCUACAGGUUAUUGUUCUCGUGGUGUGCAGUAGAUGAAAGAACUAAAUGGUUAACAAUUCUCCGGAGAAAACUUGAGUUAUUCAGACGCUAGAUGGCCUUUGUUGAGGAUAACAUGGAGGCAAUUCCGGCAAUGUAAAAGUGGUUGUCUAUCUGUCAGGUCUUGUUGUUUUCCGUCUGAAGAGUGUAUUUAUACUCUCCCCUAGGUUCAUUUCUCGAUGUCAAGAAGAUGAAGUCAUCCAAGCAGAUGGGACGGAAGAAGCACUACCUGGAACCAGAAACAGUGGAUCUUGAAUAUGAUGAAUUCAGUCCGAGUGCUCCAAAUUUCUCCACUGGAACCAUUCCAUUGCAGUACAGGGAAACAAGCCACUACCUAAGACAUUCCGGAGGCGUUCAGGAAGAUGACGUCGCUCCGUCUGCUCCGCCAUUGGACCACAUGGAUCAAGUUUAUGGUUACGAAACGACAUCGUUUGAUGCAGUGUGCGUUCCUCCUCCGCCGAGUUUGUCCGAAUGGGAAGAGGAUCAGCAGCUGCAACUGGAACAACAGAAAUCACGGGCAGAUGGCGAGAAGAAGGAGCAACAACCCGAACAACAAAUGGCUCAAGGAGAUGGAGCGGGAGGGUGUAGUGGGACGGGGGCAACGAGUCCGUCCCGUAUCCAGAUUGCUGAUCUUCCGCCCGUCAGCGAAGUCGACGCUCGCAAUGCCCUCCUCGGAAUGGUGACCGAACAUUGCUGUUGGGGUCGGUCAGCUGCCCGUCACAUGUCCAUCGGCAAAAUCCUUUCCUCGUCCGCUUUCCACUACGAAAUUCAAACGUUCACCGAGAAACGCGAGACAUCGUGGGCUUUUAUGCCGCACGGUGGAGGCGAAGUUGAUGGUCCUCGUUGCGGUCCAGCCCCUCGUCCGUGGGACAUCCCGGCCGAUCCGACAGACCUUUUUCGCAGCGAAAUGAAAGUGCUUCAAGUGCCGCACACGGCCUCUGUCAAGACGUGUCACCGCUGUCGCGGAGCCGGUAGCCUCCUCUGUCAAGAAUGUCACGGCAAAGGAUGGACGAGGUGCCUGAGUUGCCAUGGUGACGGAUGGGGUUCCGAUUCGGCGGGGAAUAAGGAGCGCUGCUUUUUUUGCCAAUCUUCCACUCACGGAAGAGGUCGCCAGGAUUGUUUGAAAUGCAACGCCAAAGGUCGUGUGGCAUGUCCGCCGUGCGAUAGUUACGGUCAAAUUCGGUGCUAUAUUAGUUUGACCAUCACGUGGAAGGCCAACACGUCCGAACAUAUCGUAGCCAAAUGUUCGUCAUUACCCGAGGAUCUCAUCCGUCAAGUUUCGGGUCAGGUGGUUUACGAAGAGGAAGGUCCCCGCAUCCCACCGUUGAAUCAUUUCGCCGAUCCAACGAUUAAUUUGGCUUCUACUCAGUUGGUGCUCAACCACAAUCGUCAAUGGCCCGAUCAAAGAAUCCUCGCUCAGAGACAACAAGUCAGAAUGGUGCCCGUCACGGAGGUUCACUACACAUGGAAAAGGAGAACGGGUAAAUUUUACCUCUACGGCUACGAGCACAAAGUGUACGCACCCGACUACCCUCAAACUUGCUGUUGGGGAUGCUCCAUUUUGUAACUAUAUACAAUUCCAAAGCAAACAACAACAACAACAAAAAAACGACAACUGCUGGCCGUCUUGACAUGAAACUUUUGCCCUGCUUAGCCCCACUGACAUGCACAACUCGUACAUAAUUCAAGUGUUUCAUGCACAUAAAUGGCUAAAGGAAGCAGCCUGCUUUUCAUAGCGCCGCUUCUUCAGUUUGACAAAUUAUUUGGGACAUUGUGUUUUCUUUUUAUAGACGCCGACUUUGCCAAACAGUCCAACCCAAAACGAUCACAGAUGUAAUUUUUUUAUUUUUUUAUUAUUUCUUAUUUCUUCGUAAUGAUUUAAUAUUAGCGACGUUAUCCUUCUCAAUGUGUUUUCUUUUUGUUUAAAACCCAUCGGUGCGUGUAAAAUUGUCAAAGUUGAACAAAUGCGUGAUUGUUCAUUCGCAUCCAUGACAGGAAGUUGUUCUUCAUUUGGUGUUUUACCAAAUUUUUCUUGAGUUUUUGCCUGUGUUUUUUUUUUAUAAAGCAAUUAUUUUCUACCUCUUGGCGGCGAAAGAUUUUUUUUUUUUUUAAUCAUCAGCCCAUCACCUCCGGUUGCAGUCUUGCCCUCAAUGUAUUUAAUUCUCUUUUUUGGUUUUUUUUUUUUCUUUUGCGUCUUAAUUACGUUUCUUACUGUGCCUCUGUACUUGUGUCUUUAAUUGCAUUUCAGUGUUUUUGAUUACGUUCUUCUUUUCUAUCGAUUUUUGAUUCAUCCUUCUUUUUUUUUUUUUUUUUUUAAUUAUAUAUAAACAUUUAUUUCCAUUUGUUUUUUUAAUGGGAAUAUUUUUACAAAAGCUCUUUUGGUAAUCAAUUCAAAUCUUGUUGUAGCAGCUGUACAAUUUUUUUUUUUUUAUUUCUGUAUGUUUUGAUUUUGGUUGGAGGAAACAGUCGGAUUUGGGCUGGAUUUCUAUUGGAUCUGUUCUGACGCCCAUCGUCUCGCUCUCUCGCAACAACAACAACAAAAUUACAAUACACUCGAUCCUCGUCCA